AUGGACGCCUGUCGCCUCCUCCUCCUCCUCCUCCUCGGCUUCCUCGCCGCCGUCGCGCCCCUGGCCUCCGCCCAGCUCUCCCCCGAGUUCUACAAGGACUCCUGCCCGGACGCCGAGAAGAUCGUCGCCGCCGUCAUCGAGAAGAAGCUCAAGGAAGACCCCGGCACCGCCGCCGGCCUCCUCCGUCUCAUCUUCCACGACUGCUUCGCCAAUGGCUGCGACGCGUCCAUCCUGAUCGACCCUCUCUCCAACCAAAGCGCGGAGAAGGAGGCCGGGCCCAACAUCUCGGUGCGCGGCUUCGAGGUCAUCGACGAGGCCAAGAAGGAGCUGGAGGCCAAGUGCCCCAACACCGUCUCCUGCGCCGACAUCGUCGUCCUCAGCGCCCGCGACUCCAUCCACCUCGCCGGCGGCCCCGCCUACAAGGUGCAAAUGGGCCGCCGCGACUCGCUCGUCUCCAACCGCGAGGAGGCCGACAACAACCUGCCCGGCCCGGACAUCCCCGUCCCCAAGCUCGUGUCCGAGUUCCUCUCCAGGGGCUUCACUGCCGAGGAGAUGGUGGUGCUCCUCGCCGGAGGCCACAGCAUCGGCAAGGUCAGGUGCAUCUUCAUCGAGCCCGACGCCACGCCCAUGGACUCGGGCUACCAGGCCAGCAUCAGCAAGCUCUGCGACGGGCCCAACCGGGACACGGGAUUCGUCAACAUGGACGAGCACAACCCCGACUCCAUCGACGGCACCUACUUCGCCAACGUCAUCGCCAAGAAGAUGCCGCUCACCAUCGACCGUCUCCUGGGGAUCGACUCCAAGACCACGCCCAUCAUCAAGGACAUGCUCAACAAGCCCGACGACUUCCUGCCCUCCUUCGCCAAGGCCAUGGAGAAGCUCAGCGAGCUCAAGGUCAUCACCGGCAAGGACGGGGAGAUCAGAAAGACAUGCUCCGAGUUCAACAACCCCAUGCCCGCCACCGGGGGCUCGGUCAUACGGAUCAGCUCCGCCAACCCCGAGGACCUCGAGGGGUUGUCCUCCGGAGGGAAGGAGGUGUCCGGCAUCGUCUCGCAGGGCUCCAAGGACCCCCUGCCGGAGGCCAAGGUCGUCGACGGGCACCGCAAGAAGGUGGCCGGCAGGCACCACAAGCUCCGCGGAGACAGCUCCUAG